ACCAUCGGAGAAGGCGAAGCUUCCAUUCUCCAUAUUCGUCUGCGUUUUUUUUCUCCCUCCUCCUCCUCCUCCCCGACAUGUGGGCCCCCACGGCCUCGCCGGCGGCUGCGGCGGGGAGGGCGGCGAUCCCGUCGCUCCGGCGGUGGCCGGCGGCGGCCGCGGGGGUGCGGAUCGUCGUCGCGGUGGCUCCUGUCAAGGCGAGGGCGCCGCGGCGGCUGCGGCUCUGCCUCGCGGUGCCGCCGCCCGCGUCCGAGAUGGCCGCGGCGGCGGCGGCGGCGGAGGAGGAGGAGGAGGAGGAGGAGGAGGAGGAGGGGUGGAGCAAGGCGGUGGAGCUGGACGCGGCGGCGAGGCGGGAGAUGGCGAUCCGGAGGCUGCAGGAGGAGGCGGGGACGGGGAGCAGCAGGAGGGAGUUCGCCGUGUUCGAGACGGCCAGGGGGGACGCUCUCUUCACGCAGUCGUGGACCCCGGUCGCCGCCGCCGAUCGCGUCAAGGGCAUCGUUGUUCUGUUACAUGGACUAAAUGAGCAUAGUGGGAGGUACAACCAUUUUGCAAAGCUGUUAAAUGAUCAUGGGCUUAAAGUUUAUGCAAUGGACUGGAUUGGACAUGGUGGAAGUGAUGGGGUGCAUGGCUAUGUUUCAUCGCUUGAUCAUGCUGUUGGUGACCUGAAAGAAUUUCUAGAGGAUGUUGUACUGGAGGAAAACUAUGGUUUGCCAUGUUUCUUAUUUGGCCACUCCACAGGUGGAGCUAUUGUUUUGAAGGCAGUCCUGGAUCCUUGUGUUGAAGUUCAUGUUGAAGGUGUGAUCUUGACAUCUCCGGCUAUUCAUGUUCAACCAUCUCAUCCAAUUAUCAAAGUUGUUGCACCUAUCUUCUCUGUGUUAGCUCCAAAAUACCGAGUUGCUGCUUUGCACAGGAGAGGACCUCCUGUUUCCCGUGAUCCUGAGGCUUUGAAGAUCAAGUAUGCAGAUCCACUUGUGUAUACUGGACCCAUUAGAGUUAGAACUGGCAAUGAAAUUCUUCGGAUAUCAUCAUAUUUGCAAAGAAACUUAAGCAGAGUAACUGUCCCUUUUUUAGUUCUGCAUGGCACAGCUGACACAAUAACUGACCCCGGAGCAUCUCAACGACUGUACCAAUCAUCAGCAUCAGCACAUAAAUCUAUAAAACUGUAUGAUGGAUAUUUACAUGAUCUUCUCUUUGAACCUGAAAGGGAUGAUAUAGCAAAUGACAUCAUCAAUUGGUUAAGCUCAAGACUUGAUGUUCUCCAGAGAUGGUGAAGUGAAUCAGCUAUAUGGUGCUCCCACUUAUGUCAGAUAUUGGAACAUGGUAUAGAAGAGAAAGGCUAAUUGUAAAACAUUUUGUUUUAGAUUGCUGCCUUUGCCUUUGUGUAGAUGGUUUUUGUUUAGUUAUUUCAAUCAUGGUGGGAAAUUAACCCACCUGAGAUGUAAGUAGUGCAAGAUUAGAGUCAUGUUGAAAAUCAUGUACUUCAUUAUGGUAUUAGUAAAUACUAAUUCUAAAAGAAAAACAUGAGUUCACCAUUGAUUUUGGAUA